GAUUUCUAAUAGUAUAGUUUUAGCUACUGGCCGAGGAGCCAGUAGCUUUUGUGGGGGUCAUUAUGGACCUAAUCGUUGAUGGAGUAAACUGCCUUGACUCAUUUAAAGUAACCCUCUGCCGUUUAGAGAAUAGCAAUGGAGACCUCGAUCAAGACAACGAAGGUCAAUUGGAGAAGAUUCAGGCUGCCGCGGCAAUAGCUCGCCGGUUAAGUCUGCUAGCCGAGUCAAUGGAGCAACUGGAGACAGAUUAUGUCCAUGUCAUAUUCAACUCUGAUCGCCCUAUAUCGUCUCAUUGCGAAUCUUUGAUUGAUAUAAUAUUACAUGCAAUAAAAACGUGCCUUUUGCUUCAAAGAGAAUACAAUAUCAGAUACAAUGUCAUCUCAGUUAUUAUGAUUUUAAUGCUGCUUAGCUGUUCGCAUGGAUUUGCUAAUGACAUGAUGCACAUUAUGAUGUUUAUCACUGUCAUUCACCUCAUUUCUGGAGACAUUGAAAUAAACCCUGGACCGCAAUUUAAUGCACAAGAUCUUAAAAAGAAGCCAGAAAUUUCCGAUCUUCAUAGAAUAUUCAUUAAAUUUCGAGCUGCACAUCGUUUCGUAACCAUUGGGGUAGCAUUAAAGGUUGAAGUCAAUGACCUGAUUUAUAGUCCAUUAGAUAUAGAAACAAAACUCUACCUUGUUUUUGACAGGUGGAUAGAGAAGAAUGAAAAUGUUACAUGGGGAAAGAUUGUUGAAGUUUGUGAUGAUUUCGAGUUAGGUUUGGUUUGUGAAGCUAUCUCUGAUUUUUUAUCACGUCAAAGCAAGUAUAAAAGAGAAGCUGAUUUUGAUAGUACUGGCACUGAAAGGACAAACAAGAAUGGAUAUUUUACCAAAACAGAUGUAUUGCUACUUAUAUUUAUUGUACUCGUAUGCUACUUUAUCUGUCUAUCUUGGACAGACUGUAAAUGUUAAGAAUUAAGCCUUGCAUGCAUAAUUAGAGACACGGACUCAAUGCUGCCUGUCCUAUAUUUUUGCUGUCAAUAUGUAUUUCACACAGUUUUGUUAUCAUUAACAAUUUUCUUAUUAAACAAAAUCAUAUAAUUACUAUUGUCCUCCCCUUCCUUUAUUUCUUAGCACCAGCUGCUGCU